CCACCUGGUGCCCAACAAUCAGUUGCUAGCCUGUUGAUCGCAUCCAUGCCCACACCAAGUGGCACCCUCUGUGGUUAUAGUUACCCACCAUAUAUACACCAUCGACCCCGUGGAUACAUGCAAGCGCGCCCGCUUUGCGAAGCUGCGUAGUCCAUCCUCCAGACUAACUUUUGCCAUGACUUCAGCUCGUGUGUGUGUGUGACUUUCCGCAUCCGUGGAUACCCUUUCACGCUUAACGCCAGCGCACCCGUUGGCCCUGCGUGGGUUAUUGCUUUUAAACCAUGUCAUGGUCAAUAUACCCUGGAACGUGUUGGACCGUCGACUGUUAUGUAUCACAUUGAGUAGCUCUCCGGAACCAAGAAUGUCCGGAUCAUGGAUGCAACUCACCGACAAUCAUACCUCUACACGAUUACGAGUAGACCCAAGCCUGUUGCGCCCACAGUCGUCGCCCACACCCAUGCUACUCCUUAAACACAGCCAAAUCAAAGGCUGUAACACUGCCGAAUAUACACCGUACACGGCUUAUGCGCAGGCAUAAUGGUU